AUGUUUUGCGUUACUUCAAAGACCUAUAAAAUACAUGUUUUAGUAUUUUUUAGCUUUAUAGCUGUUAAAUGAUUCACAGAUGAAAAUAUAGAUAUAUCACAUAGAUCACAUUCUCUUCAUCUUCCGAAUAAUCACAUAAAAGAUCGUCAAGAUCAAUAUCACUCUCUCAUAAUAAAAAGCUCGUUUUUUAACGUGACAAAAUUCCAUAAUUAAAUAUAAAUCCAAACCACAAUUUUUUAUCUUUGAUAUCAGUUAGAACAAGAAAAAUAAAGGAAGGCGUAUCAAAAAUAUUUUUACUUAAUAUAAUAUGUUAUGAUUUUGGAAUGUAGAUUUUUACCACAUGAGACCAAUUACAAACAAUUAGCGGUAAUUAAUUGCGCGAGAAUCUUUAAUAAGUAUUAAUUAAAAUAUAAAUUGCUUGAUGUUGCGGCUAUUAAAAUCAACACAACAAUACAUGCGUGAAUUGUUUGUGAAACGUUAAAAGUAACAAGUCUAAGACAUAGUAUGAGCGACUGAACCGGCAAAUUUUCGCCGAUGAUUACCACUUGAUUACAGAUAUAAAAAAAAAACAAAUACACGAAAGCAUUUUAAACAUUUUAUUUGUAACAAUCAAUCUCAACUUCAAACAAUCAUUUAAACAACAAAAAUGUGAUAAUCGCCUCACAUUAAUUCAUUAAGUAAUUUAUUUAUCCGACAACGGUUAAGCGGGUAUUCUCUACGUUUUUGGCUUUUGGAAUCGCAGUCUCGCACCAGUUAGCAGCAGUGUAAUGGCGGACAGUCACGUGACUGACAAUAUGGCGGCGGUCAAUUUAUCGAUUAUGGAACGGUCUAUAUGCAAACACUCGUUUCCGUGACAUACAUCCACCGAGUAAUUACAAAUAAAUAAAUAAUGUUGUUGCUAUCUAAAACAUUUUUAUGCAUCGUUGAUUAUCACAGACAUUUCAUUAAUUCCUUCUUAAUGUAUAAUCUCCAUCGUUAAUUCGAUCGUUUACGACGUUAUUUGCCAUUUAUGCCGAGUCACAAUUUAAUUCUGUGUAGUCCGCCAUGUUGAUAAAAUGUCAAAUGAUGUAAGCGACAGGUGCGCAUAGCAACGUUAAAUCGUAUACGCGAUUCGCAUUUUGUUAAAUUAGUCUACGUCUCAGUAAUUAUUUCAAUAAUUAGAUCUAAUUAUCUUAAAGGGAUCUUUUCACACUUUGGAAAAUUGACAAAAUUGAAAAAAAAAUGGUUUCAGAUUCGCAAUUUUUUGUUGUAGUAAUGAUAUUUGUGAUGAAACAGUAUAACUGAACAUUUACCAUGCUCCAAAAUACCCAUUAUAUGCAUGUUUCGACGAUUUAAAAACCCCAAAAUUAUAAAGCGUUGCAACGCGAAACGAUUUAUUUAUAGCCACGUAUACAUGAACGGAAUCCCAGCUCGCAUACAACAACAACCAAAACAACAACAACAAAUAAAUAAAUACUGAGCGAAUUGUAAGUGAAGCUUGGCAAGUUUUUCAAAUUUAAACAGAAAUUGUAAAGCUCCGAUAGUUAUUUAUUUUCAUUGUAUAGAUAUGUUGAUAAUAUACAAUCAUGUAGUACGCGCAUGCGCGCAACCCACUUCCUCUUAUAUUUUACAAACAAAAUGAACAAUGCCUCGCACAAAAUCUGUUACGGAAAGUGCCAAAAAAAGAGCAUCAAAGGCCCGAUUUCAGCGGUGUCGCUCGAAAUUUAUUAAUCUUGGCGAUGAGACUGACCGAUGGAAUAAUCUCAAAAGCAUCCUUGGAACAGAUGAAGACUGUGUUGUGGCCAAAGACUCAUAAGGAAGGUACUUGCGUAUGGCAUUAAGGGAAAUGUUCUGGCCUGGAUUGAGAACUUUCUGAGUCAGAGAAGACAGUGUGUGUCAAUAAAGGGAAGUACAUCUAGCUGGAUAAGUGUAGAGAGUGGAGUUCCUCAGGGAAGUGUGCUUGGUCCAGUACUUUUUAUAAUAUAUGUUAACGAUAUCACCGACUCUGUGAGCUGUAUUUCUAAAAUAUUUGCUGACGACACCAAGUUAUAUGCACCUGUGACGGACUCAGGCAGGCUGCAGGAAGAUCUUGACUCUCUCAGCGAAUGGGCACAAAAAUGGGAACUUGCCUUCAACGUUGACAAAUGCAAAGUUAUACAUUACGGAAACAAUAACCCCAAUCAACAAUAUACUAUGAAUAAUAAGCCUCUGCAGGCUGCAACUGAGGAAUGUGAUCUGGGAGUGCUCUUCGAAAGAGAUCUAAAAUUUAGUAAGCAUAUAUCUACAAAGAUAAAUAAAGCAAACAGUAUCCUAGCCUUAAUAAAGAGAUCUUUUGAGUUCAUGGACAAAUACUUAUUUUUGAAAUUAUAUACUGCCUUGGUGCGUCCGCAUGUUGAGUUUGCAAAUGUUAUAUGGUACCCAUAUUUAAAAAAGGACAUUAUUAGCAUAGAAAAAGUUCAAAAAAGAGCCACAAAACUUGUACCGAAUUUGAGGAAUUCAUCCUAUGAGGAACGACUUAAAUAACUAAAAUUACCAUCACUUGCUCAUCGCAGAAUUCGUGGGGAUGCCAUUCAAACAUUUAAAAUAGUCAAAAAUAUAGAUGAUUGCGUUUUUGAGAACUUUUUCAAUUAUACAUCAUCAACUAGAGGACAUAACCUAAAGCUUGAGAAACCAAAGUCCAGAACAUCUUUUUGUCAAAAUCAAUUUUCCAGAAGAGUGAUUAACAUGUGGAAUGACUUGCCUCAAUGUGUAGUUGAUGCCAAGAAUGUAUUAGAAUUCAAGAGCAAGAUUGAUCUACAUUGGAAUGGGGACAUAGUGUAUAAGUUUUAGUGAUCACAACUGUUGUUUGUCAAAAGGACAUUCAUUCUUUACCAUACUUAAGGAACUAUUUUUUACUGAAUAAGGGCUAUUUUUAUUAGUUGUGAGAACACAUACGAAUACAGUACCAUAAGACGUCGAUAAGAAGAGGGGUUUAAAAAGGACUUGAGUCCUUACCACAGAGCCCAAAAUCAUCCUACAGGUAUCCUACAGGUAAAACACUUAUCAAAUGCUAUUUGGAAACACGUGCUGGCCCAACUAUUGAAAGUUUGACUGUCAAGCACAGUGUGGGUACAGAAAGCUCGACACCCAUGCACGGUCACAGUCAUCAGGUGCCACCAGAUCCUGGCCUAUCUUCUUUGUCAGAAGGAAGCGACACACCUGGUGAACUGUCCGGAAUUGGAGGGGGCUUAUCAGACUUUGAAGUGGCUGGGCCAUCAGGUAUGAGCUUCAAAAGGAAAAGUACAACUGCUCCAGACAAACCAACCAAGGUCAAAAUAGUUGAAAAGGCAACAGAAAGAAAAGAAGUGUCCAAAAGAACUGCUCGGGUGGAAGUUGAUUGGCCAAGCUCCGGCAUGGAAGACAUAUAUGAUCCGGACUACGAUCCAGAUGAUCCCACUGAUUAUCCAACUGACUUUGACUUAUCAAUUGUUCAGUCAGAUGAUGAGGCAGUUGAUGAGGCUGGUGUUGUUGACGCAGUGUUUGACAUAGACUGUGACGAUGACUAUGAGGAUGAUUCUCAAGUAAUCGGUUCUGAAAAACCUCUAGAUGAGGUGACAGAGGAGGACAUGAUUGAGGAUAAGUAUAUCGUGAGCAGACACUGCCUCAACCAGCUUCUCGAUAUGCUGCCGUUCAAGCACUGUUCCAAGUGUGGGAAGACUGCCACUCAUAGAACAAAGACUGUUGGGUGUACUAUCAUUGUCAUUUGGACUUGUGAAGACGGGCAUGUUCUACACAGAUGACAGAGCUCUGCAGUUCUACCAAAUGGAAUGUUUAUCAAUAACUUCCAAGCCUCAGCCUCCAUUCUGCUCUCUGGCAACAAUUAUGAAAAAGUUCGCUUGUUUGUGAAGUUCCUUGGUCUGAAAUUUCCAAGCCAAACUUCAUUUCAU